AUGGCGGACCACGCCGUGUCGCCACGAGGAGAUGGCGCGGCCGAGGCGCUCUUGGAGGCUCCAGCGCAGGAGGAGAUGGACGCCACCCCCCCUCCGGCGCCGGGCUGCCGCGCGCAGGCCCGGGAGGCCCUGGAAGGCCUGGGGACGAUCCUGGUCUGCACCAUCAUGGGCCUGGUUCUCAUCCCACUUGGACUGCCUGCUUUCCUGUUAGUAGGCACCAUGGACCUCCUGGGAAACGUAUACGAAGGUUGCGGCGGCAAUCGCCGAGACUGGACUCUCUUUGUGGUCGGGGCGGAUAAGCCCGACAACGUCUCGGAACAGUGCAACAGGGACAUGGCUGGCAUGACUGAGGCUAUGCGUGGCCAGGGCCUUUGGCCGAACUUCCUGUACCGCUUUCGCAACAACCACCCAGUCUUUGGCAUCUGUGGAUGCGAGUUUGGGCAUCCCUUUAGUCCCGUUGAGAGAACUGGGCUGCUGGUACUCCUCCUCAGCUUCGCAUACUUCAUGGCGGGCCUAAAGGUGAAGUUCAGCGAUUAUGUGGACACGCACGAACAUUGGAAUGACCGGCAGCGCUGGUUGUGGAUUGGCUGCUACUCCCUAAGCUGCAUCACGCUGCCCAGCAUGCUCCUCCAGGCUGUGCUGAAGUACUUCGCGCUCCUGGACUACCAGUAUGUGCUGAACAAGUACGGCUACUUCGCAAAGGUGCGCGCGGAGCGCUGCCGGGCCUUUGCGAAGCAGUUCUGCAUGGAUCGUGGCCUGGGGGUGGAGCGGCCCCCCGCCCGCCGGCCGCAGGGCGGGUUCAAGCUCUUCGACUGCAACUGCCUUGAGCAGUGCUGCAAGCUUAACGAUGCCUGCAAGGCUUGCCACAACAACUGUGAGGAUGGGCAGGCCCAAACCGUGAACUCGCUCUUCGCCAGCCUCUUCGCCGGGAUCGCCUUCGCCGGCUCCUGCCUCUUCGUGGUCUUUGGGGUCCGCCUCGAUCUGGAGGCCUCCGAAGACGUCUGGCGCGAGGUGUGCAUCGGUACUGGGAUGAACUUCUUCUUCCUGUGGCCGCUCCAAGACACAGUCAAGUUCCUGGUGCUCUGGCAGUACCAGCACUGGGAGGGCCCCCGCUACGUCCUCUUCGGGAAGGAGAUACCUCCCCGGUCGGAGCUUUCGGUGGAGAUGCACCAGUUUUUCUGCCUGCUGGACAGGGAUGCCGAUGGGCUUCUGAGCCAGGAGGAGAUGUCCUCGGCAGUGCGGUCGCUUCUGCACCAGGACCUCUCUGAGGAGGGCUGGGCGAACUUGCUGCGCGAGUUGGAUGCUGACCAAGACGGGCAGCUAUCCCUACGCGAGAUCGAGGCGAUCAGGUCGGAGUUUGCCGCAAAAGCUGGGUGGUGGAUGCCGCCUGUCGCGCAAUGA